GAUAUCGGCAGGAACAUCUACACACUGAGAGAUGUGGUGGACGAGAUCCGAGACAAACCCACCAGGAGGAGUUUGGCCUUCCUGCCGUACAAACUCAUCUUUAAAGAACCACACCCCGAACAUGUCAGACACGUGAUGGAGUUCUCUAAGAAGACCGGAGACUACCCGAGUCUUUCAGCCACCGAUAUCAAAGUCCUGGCUCUGACCUAUCAGCUGGAGCUGGAGCACGUGGGCUCCCAACACCUGAGGAAGGAGCCGGAGGUCAAGGUUAACGUUCACAGCACACAGCGCCACCCGGAGACUCCAGUUAAUGUUGCAGGAUUUCACUUCCCCUCUAAGAAACCUGUGGACGCAUCCAGCAGAAGACAAAGUCAACAAGAGACGAACGCUUCAAAACCGACUGACGGUGACGAGUUUAACAGCUUCCAGUUCUGGAGAGAGCAGCUGCCGUCCAUCAAUGACGACCUGCUGGAGUUACUGGAUCCAGUGGAGGUUGUGAGUUUGAGCAACAAACAGAAGCCGACUGUGACAAACGACGGCGACGAGUUCAACAGCUUCCAGUUCUGGCGAGAACCUCUGCCGACCCUGGACGACGACCUGCUGGAGUUACUGAAAGUGGACGAUGUCUCGGUGUCGGUCACAUCGACGCAGGCAGAGAACCAAUCAGACGACGAGGACAAAGAGAACGAGCCUAGAGAGGAGGAGGAGGAAGAUGAUGAUGAGGAUGAUGGAGGCGGUUGGAUCACUCCCAGUAACAUUAAACAGGUGAAGAUGGACUCGGCUGAUUGGACGGCUCCUGCUGAUGUCACCGUCGGAUGUCUGACCACUGACUUCGCCAUGCAGAACGUCCUCAUUCAGAUUGGACUUCACGUCCUGUCCGUCAACGGGAUGGUGAUCAAGCAAGCGAGGAACUACAUCCUGAGGUGUCACGCCUGCUUCAAGACGACGAGUAACAUGGACAAAGUCUUCUGUCCUCACUGUGGAAACAAAACUCUGAAGAAGCUGGCGGUGACGGUCAGCGAGGACGGCAGCGUCCAGAUGCAUUUCUCCAAAAACCCCAAAGUGCUGAACCCGAGAGGACUGAGGCACUCGCUGCCUCUGCCUCAGGGGGGGAAACACGCCAACAACCCCCAGCUGGUGGAGGAUCAGCCCUUCCCCCAGCAGAGACUGUCCCGAAAGGCUCGUCAGAAGAACGACGUCUUCAACCCGGACUACGUGGCCAGAUCCUCGCCUUUCUGCGAGAACGACAUCUACAGCCGAGCGGCCAACCUGCAGAUCAGAGACGGUCAGUGUGGCGGCGGCCGGAGUCGAGCUAACCCCAACACCGCCCGCAAGAAGUUUGUCAAAAAGAAGUGAGGAGCUGACGGACGAUUGGACACGAGGACACAGCGUCACUGCACGUGUGUGAAAUCACAUGUGACGCUGCUGCUCAGCAGAUUUCUGUCAAAUGACCCUGCGACAGAUUCUGCAGAUAAUCAAUACAUCAAACCUCCGUCAGCGUGUGGAGCCCCCUGCUGGUUCUUUCAGACACUGACAUCUGCAACACAAGAAUCAGCUGCUGACCAGCAACUAAAUAACUCAAUACAAGAACUGUUAAUUCCAACAUGGAUCUUAUUAUUAUUAUUAGGUCAAAACCCCCAAUUCAAUAAACUCAAGUAUCAGAUUUUUUCCCAGGAUUUGUUUAUUUUUUUCUGUCUUUGGUCGACUCGGCCUCAUCAACAUGUUUCUGUAUUAAAACCCAGAGAAUGUAAAGUUUUACUUCUGUUGUAGAAUCACAUGUGAAAUUACAGAAUCAUUGAAACUUAGGUGUUGAAGUUUUUUCUCUUUUCAUGAAACUAUGCUAACAGUUUCCCCCUGCUUCCAGUGUUUAUGCUAAGCUAGGCUGAGCAAAGACAAAACAGUUAAAUAACUACAGUUUGUUAAACAAGAGGCCAAAGUUCUGAAGUUUACUUUAUUAAAGUCUCCUGACUCCUUCACAA